AUGCCCAACCAAACGGCCAAGAUCGCUGAGGCCCGGAUGGCAGUGGAGCAGCUGAAGCUGGAGGUCCACAUCGACAGGAUGCAGGUCUCCAAGGCAGCAGCCGAGCUUCUAGCCUACUGUGAGGAACAUGCCAAAGAGGAUCCUCUGGUCACCCCUGUCCCCAACUCCAGCAAUCCAUUCCGGGACAAGAGUAUGUGUGCCAUCCUUUAA